GAGCCAAAAUCUUGUCUUGGUCAUCUUAGUACAUUCACUAUUCAUAAUUUUUCUUUUUUAAUUCCUUUUAAUGUGGACAUAAUAAUUCUUCUGCAGAUUGUUUCUUGUGCCAAAUGUCGUUACCAGUAUGAGCUGUUUUCUGGAAACAUAGUUAGUGUUAUCUCAGAAGAAAUCAGGUUGGAGUUGGUUCUGAUUUACUUUCCAGGGAUUUUUUACCUUGAGUGAUUUAAGAUCACUUUUGUUUAAUGCGUAUACUUCCAAAAGUAUUUCCCAGAAGCAGUAGGAUUUUCAGGCAACCUACUAACCUCUUGGAGAAAUUGCAAUUGGUUUCUUUUUUGCAUCACUACAGUAAUACUUUUUGUUGACAUUUUGUAACUUCAAAUGCAUGAGCUAUAGUGAGUUUGUUACAGCUAUUGGUUAAUAGGCGUUAGAGCUUUGAAUUCCCUUUUGCCCCGUUUUAAUGUUGAUCACACAAUCCUUGAAUGGUGUUGAUGCCGUGAUAUUCACUUUUUCUAAGGAACUCCUCCUGCCGAACGCAGCAUGGAGAUUCCAUUGUGGAAAAGGGGACUAAACUCUCUACCAAUAAUGAAGCAAAGUAUUCGUGCUGCUGUUCACUCUAUUGUGGUUCGGAUUCCUUCUGGGGUGGCACGCACACAAAGGUUUGCCACCAAAACAGUUGAUCUCCCAGCACAAGAAGGAGAAAGGGUAACCCUUGCUUCUGCUGCUCCUGCAAAUGUUUCUAGAGAGGUGGGGCCCUUUAAAUUCAGUCCAAAGGUCCCCAAUUUCUAUCCUGGAGAACCUAUGUGUCUCACAAACCAUAAUGAUGGCCGGGAAUCACCAUUGCUGAGAGCCCCUAUAAAAGAUGGAAACAUUUCUCUACUCAACCCGACCUUCCUUAUUCCACUUGUCACUGUUCUGGCUGCUGGAGAAGCUGCCUCUGGAAUAAUAGAUCCUAGUUUGCCUCAGCUCCUGGCAAUUGCUACCAUAGGAUCACUUGGUUUUGGAGCAGCCUUAAAUACUGUGAUUCUACCUCAGUUGAAUCAGCUUCCACAGAGAUCAGUGGAAGUAAUUGCUAUCAGGCAACAGCUUUUAGCUCAGUAUGAUGUACUUCAGUCUCGCAUCAAGGACCUUAAAGAAGCUGUCAUAAAAGAGAUCUGGAUGUUAGCUCGGAUGUGUCAACUGGAGAACAAAAUAUUUGCUGUUGGAGAACCUUCUUAUCACGCUCGUAGAAGUAGAAUCAAAAGGGUGCGAGAAGGUUUGGAGAAUUCCCUCAGGGGAAGGAUUGAACUUAUUGACAAUUAUGCAAGAAUCUCUUCAAUGAUUGAAAUUGAGGUGGAAAUGGACUCUGAUGUCCUUGCUGCUGAAUCAGCAAGCACUGCAGAAACCAUAUCAGAACAGAUACAACAAAUCAUGGAACUGGAGAAUCUGGAAGAGAAGUGGAGGCUCCAAGCUGAAGCAAAUGACGAGGCUGAAAGACUCCUUAGUUCACAACCUAUGCCAUCGCCAGCAGAAGAGAUCAAUAUGAAUGACCUGUAAUACAUUUGAUUCUAGUAUAGCAUGGUUUACUAUCACAAUCAUAUGGUCGUGGGGGAUGACAUGCUUCAUUCAAAGCCGAGAUUGGAGCAUCUAAUUAUCCAUCCUCUUGGAAGCAAAUUAAUUUUGGGUAGAAGAACUUUGGCAAUGACUAAAUUACCUUGGGAUGCAAUGCAUUCUGUUUGCACAAACUGAAGAAACAGAGCUGCUCACAACAGCUGCACGCUUCUAUCACACCUCAUAGCUUUUUAACAACUCACUGAGUAACCCCUGAAACUCGUAUAUUCACAAAUAGCAUCAGUUAUUUCUGUCUGCAAACACAUGAAAUAAUCUCCUUUACUUCCAGAUUUUGCAAUGUAAGGAUGAACAGUGUCUGCUGAUAUUAUUUAUUU